AAUAUCUGGAUGUGUGUGGGUCACGUGGGUUAGGGCUUGUGUAGUAGCUCCAACAGCAUGUGAAGGGGUGAGCGCUUAGUCACCCGAACACAGACGCACCUGCUGCCAGCACCACGUGCCGCAGCUACCACCUUGAGCUCUACUUUCUGGGAUGACCGCAUCAGAAACCGACUACAACUAACUAUACAAACAAACUCCCCUCUCACAUCCCCGCCUCCUCCUCCGUAACGAGCCAGAACAUUAGUCGUGCGGCCUAGCUCCCCAGCUCCGCAUCAGCUCCGCACUUUCGUUAGACUCCUGGAGAACAUCCCCCUAGGCACCAACCAACUAUAACCAUGGCUCCAGGAAUCAGUGAUCCCCGGAUGAUGUCCGUCACCCCUCGCAUUCGAUACAACACCAUAGGAGGCAUCAACGGUCCUUUGGUUAUCCUUGACAAUGUUAAAUUCCCCCGCUACAAUGAGAUUGUGUCCCUAACACUCCCCGAUGGAUCAGAGAAGUCCGGGCAGGUUUUGGAAGCCAGAGGUGACAGAGCAGUAGUGCAGGUAUUUGAAAACACACACGGUAUUGAUGUUAAAAAGACUAAAGUCGAGUUCACUGGACACAGUCUCAAGCUUGGUGUCUCGGAAGACAUGCUUGGGCGGAUCUUUGAUGGGUCCGGACGUGCAAUUGAUAAAGGCCCUAAGGUGCUGGCGGAGGAUUAUCUUGAUAUCAAUGGCAGUCCAAUCAACCCAUACUCACGAGUAUACCCGGAAGAAAUGAUCUCGACUGGUAUCUCAGCCAUCGAUACUAUGAACUCCAUUGCCCGGGGGCAGAAAAUUCCUAUCUUCUCUGCAGCUGGUCUGCCGCACAAUGAGAUUGCCGCACAGAUAUGUCGUCAGGCGAGCUUGGUGGGCAAACCCACCAAAGACGUGCAUGAUGGACAUGAAGACAACUUCUCCAUCGUCUUCGCCGCUAUGGGUGUGAACAUGGAAACAAGUCGUUUCUUCACCCGUGAUUUCGAGGAGAAUGGCAGUAUGGAACGUGUAACACUAUUCCUCAACCUUGCAAAUGAUCCCACAAUCGAACGUAUCAUCACACCCCGUCUUGCUCUUACCACCGCAGAAUAUUACGCCUACCAAUUGGAGAAACAUGUUCUUGUUAUCUUAACUGAUCUUUCCGCGUACUGUGACGCUUUGCGAGAGGUUUCGGCUGCUAGAGAAGAAGUACCUGGUAGACGUGGAUACCCUGGCUACAUGUACACUGAUCUGUCGACCAUUUAUGAGCGAGCUGGCCGUGUUGAAGGCCGAAAUGGCUCUAUUACGCAAAUCCCUAUCUUGACUAUGCCUAACGACGACAUCACUCACCCAAUUCCUGAUUUGACCGGUUAUAUUACCGAAGGCCAAAUUUUCGUUGACCGCCAGCUCCACAACAAGGGUAUCUACCCGCCAAUCAAUGUAUUGCCAUCCCUAUCUCGACUCAUGAAGUCUGCCAUCGGCGAAGGCCGUACGCGUAAAGAUCACAGUGACGUAUCCAACCAACUCUACGCCAAAUAUGCCAUUGGCCGUGACGCCGCUGCCAUGAAAGCUGUCGUCGGUGAAGAAGCGCUCUCAGCUGAGGAUAAGCUCUCUCUCGAGUUCUUAGAUAAAUUCGAACGAACAUUCAUCUCCCAAUCACCCUAUGAAUCCCGCACUAUCUUCGAGUCCCUAGACUUGGCGUGGAAUCUACUCCGUAUCUACCCCAAGGACUUACUUAAUCGUAUUCCUAGGAAAAUCAUUGAGGAGUAUUAUCAGCGCUCCGGUAAAGGCCGGGCAAAGGGGAAUAAAGAUACCAGAGACAACACAGCUGCGGAGGCGAGUUUAAUUGAUGUGUAAGAUUUUGCCCGUCUUGAGAAUAAAGAGGUAGCUUGGUAGGUCACUAAGAUGUUCUUUUUCUUUCCGUUUGAUAUCUUUUUGGAUAGAGGAUUAUUUCAAUGAUAUGAAUGAAUCAAGAGCCGGGAUUUUUCAAACGAUGAAUUCUGCGCUACUCUGUGUCCACAUAUGCAUAUCGCCCUAAUUUGGUUUGCACCUGUCACAUAAUUAUACGGCCUGUUGCGCGGGAAAGGGUAUUUACUUUUACUUCUCCAUUUCAUUUGUUCUAUUCCCACUUUUAUUGUCCCUUUGCUCAUGUUAAUUAUUUAUGUUUUUCUAUCUUUUCAAUCCUUCUCUCGUAGUUGCAUUUGCAUGCGUCGAUAUUACAUAAAGGCUACCAUUGCAUAGUUUUGCCCGUUAUUGCUGUUUCCCGUGCUAUGUCAUGAUAGUUUUCUGGCUACGGGUUUGAUGGGCUACAGGCACACAUGCAAUCUGAUCUAGAUCUUGCGAACGAUGGGAAUUAGGAUGGACAAGAACGCCUACCGAAGUUUCCUCUAAAAUAUACAAAAAUUUCGCCGACACCAAUGAAAAUUAUCAAGCAAAUAAUCGGCGUGCCCUUUGCAUAAAUGACGCCAUGCUCAUCGACAAUCCUCUCAUACGUUGUUCACCUUUCGAGGCAUUAUUACCUCGGCGGCAUGCCCAUUCAUCUUGAUCCUUAUAUAAAACGCCGUUAAUAACCACCCCUCUCCCCUCUUUCAGCAUCUGCUUCUGCUCCAUCGAACAUGUCGCCUCCACCGCCCGCACAUAGCAAAUUGUCUCCGCCAUUGGCGGCGCGACAUUCGUUUUUGUGGAAUUUCGCGACCCCAUCGUGUGAAAAGUGGAUAAAUCGACCUCGUCACCACUGCCUAGAUCCCUCCCACCUGCAAUGAUGCGAGAGAACAGCGUGAAGGCAGUCUCCGGCUGAGCGGCAGGCACGAAGUGGCCUGCGUCAUAGACGCGCGUAAAGGAUAAGUUGCCGAGCUGGCGCACCGUUCCGCCAACGUAAGAGCUUCCAGAAGCCCCGUUGGUGAUGGUUAGGGGUGCAUAUCCGGCGAUAUCGCUGAACGCGUUCUUCUCUCGGUAUGGUGCUGGGGCGUUAGGUGACGAUGCGAUGGCUACCGAAACAGCCUCGCCGCCCAUCCAGUUGCAGACAUAAUCCCGAUCACCGUGGAUGAGCGCUACUCGAACCCCUGAUGCCAGCAGCGAGCCCAGAUGCGGAACGUACGAGGUGCGCAUGUAGUCGCCUGUCGAGAUGAAAGCGGACUGGACAGCCUUGCUAUAAUCUGUGUAAUUUACCUGGACGCCUAGGGCUUCUUGGACCCUGGCUAUGUUGAGCAGGUGUACAUAGCGGCCAGGCAGAGCGCAAUAACGGCAUCGACGUCCCCAUUCCCCGCGGGAUCAAGAGACAGUGCUUUCGAACGGCAGGCAGUUAUUCGUUCUUCACACCCAUCCUUUUUUUCGAACGCUGCUAACGAUGCGUCCAUCUCCGCGCGAGAAAUUGCCUGAAUACCGUAGGUAUUGUUGUAGGCGAAGAUUGGGUAGAAGGGUUCCUGGAUGAGAUCGUCGAUGCAACCUUGGAGGAUCCCGACGGAUUGCAGAUUUAUUUCAAGCGUCGUUUCUUUGGGGAGUUUGCCGUUUCUUCGCGCUUCGUUUUGUGCCAGCCAAUGUUCUGCGAAGGCUGGGCCAUACUUCCCUCCAUAACUUUCUGUGAAGAGAUGGAUACCAGCGGCGGAGCCAUCUUCCUCAUUUGCUUUGCUAGGGUUAUACUGGGGGAACGCGCUUAAAAAACCCUGCAGCAUGUGCCAAACCGUUCUACUUGCAAUGGCGGUUGUGUUUGCCGUCGCGUCGGCAUUGCAGGAGCUGAAUGUGCCGUUCAGAACCAGACCUUCACCAUGCCUAGAAGGUACAGGUGAGGGCGGGAAAGUAUAAGACGAAGAUAACAAAUCCAGCGAUCCAUUGCGCAGACUGUCAUACGAAAACCCAGUCUGGACCGGCUGAUCUAUGAAAAGCAGAUUGGAAGCCCGAUCCCAACCCCACUCCCGAGCACGCGUACCAAUGCAAUCUCGCGAAAUCUCUACAGCUUCACAGGGCCCGACCUCCUGAAAUAGACCCGUCAUGCUACUGGCCCCUGGCCCGCCAUUCAAAUAUAUAGUCAGAGGCGCCGUGUCUGCAUUCUGCCUCGCCUCCACGAACCAGAAGAAGGUGUUGAUGGGGUAACUUUGCCGGAUGGGCGAGAGAGCCUCUGGAGGCAGGUGGACGUAACCCGUAUAUUGCUUUUGGUGCGAGGAGGAUGUCACACAAGCCCACGUGGGGAGGGUUUUAUAUGAAAUGGUGACGUUUUCGUUUAUUGGUGAGCGGAUGGUUGUUAAACCGGCAUCGUUAUUGUCUGUGAUUGGUCGGAAUUGGGAUUCCGCUGAGCGCGAGGGGAGAGCUGUGCAGACCGGGAGGGUAGCGAGAGCCCAGAUCAGGAAUUCUCUCCAUCGUGCCUUGGAGUAGCUAUGUCAGCCAGUGCGUUGCGGUGCGGAUUCGAGAGAGGAGGAUGAACCUAUAAAGAUACAUCGAAGCUUGAAAACGGGAAAUUAACUAACUUACCAUCUGGAUGGUAGUUAUCAAGAUGACGUGCAUAAGCGAAGAACUCUGCUUUCUACAACCGCAGCAGCUCCAGGGUAGUUAAUCCGUUCUUUUGCAAAUCAGGACUAAAUAAUUCAUUUAAUCAAAUUGAUUCUGGGUUUCUCUCAUCUUUAAGUACUCACAUAUCCUCGUAAAAGGGAAAACCAAAAAACUCAAUCGCAAGCCAAUCCCGCGUCGUGAUCCCGCGACUGUGUAACUCGGGAGGGGAGAACAAACGGCCCGGCAAACAAAGGCAUCGCAUCCAGGAUGUAAAGAAGGGGAGAGUAUGGAGCAUGAAGUGCAACAUAAUAAAACAGCUAAACUGUUGCUAUUGAGCCUAAAUAUCCAGGGGCUUCAUCCCAGAGAUGAGUUAACUUGUAACUAGAGUAUUUAAAUAGUGAUCAGUUCUUUG